AUGGCUUCCGGGGCAGAAGCUCAAGUGGAGAAGAUGAAGCUUCUGGAAGAAAGGAUAAAGGCCCCAAGUAUAUGGGGUAGGGUCCCGUGUGGGGUCAGGUUCGAAGACCUCCAGGACAAAAGAUAUGAAGAUGCGGUAAGACUGCUGAAGAAACAUUAUUUGUCUGAAGAUAUAACAUACAGAUCUGUCAAAAUAACGGAAGACCAAGAGGGAGUGGACGAGUUUGUCCACAACGCGAGGAUAUGGAUGAAGGAUAAGAUGUCUUUAGCCGCUGUCAAAGAAGGCACUGAUAAACUGGUUGGAGUGCUCAUCAUGAGGAUUCAGGAGAAAAGCGCAUUUUCACGUACUUUCAGUAGAGUGAAGUUGACACACAAUCCGCUAUAUUCAACGGUCAUGAAUUUCUAUAACACCAUAGAGAAACCAGUGGAUAUCUUCAGUAGGCUGGGCGUGAGGAAGUACUUCAAAAUAUACUUAUUGGCUUUGAAGUCGCGGUAUAGACAUAGAGGUAUAGCAAAGGAGAUGUACAAGGCGGCCAUAUUGCUAUGUGCCAACGCCAACGUUCCCGCCAUUUCUGGGAUAUUCACCACGAGCCGUUCUCAGCAGGUGGUCGAAGAGCUGGGCUUCGAGAAGUUGAAUGAGAUAUACUAUAUACGUUAUUUGAUUGAUGAGAAGAUAGUAUUCCAUGACACCGGACUUGGCAACUAUGGGGCAGCCCUCAUGGGCUACCGGAUACCAGAAGUGGAGGAACAACAAGAAGAGAAGAGACAGGGUUCUUCCAGGUUCAACAUCCAGCCCGCCGAUGAAGAGGAUUGA